AUGGGACAAGGAUCCUCUAAGCCGACAGUCCUGAAAUGCUUUCUCACAAAUUUUAAAACUUUUCAGAAGAAGGCAUUUGAUUUCAGUGUGUCAGUCUCAUUGGAUGUUUUAAGAAUUUUAUGUGAAAUAGACUGGCCAGAUUUUGAUGUUGUCAUUUUAGGGAAACCCGGGCACCCAGACCAGAUUCCCUACAUCCAAAUCUGGAUCGAAAUUUUAACCAUUCCACCCCCUUGGUUAGAGAAAUGUUUUCCAGAAGUCAAGAAACCACAUCUGCGAGUGAUGCGAACCAUUUUCCUGGCCAGACUGCCCUCCCGGCCUCAGAAGCCUGUACUCCCCUCGACCCCUGAUGAAGAAGAUGUAGUUCAGCCACCCCCUUAUGCAGACAACUCCCAGUGGAUGAACAACCCCCUUCUUUCGCCUUCUCACACCUGUUCGAGCGCCCCUUAUUCCCCUGAACUCUCUUCACCCUCUGGCUCUUCUCAUUCCUCUUCUUCUCCCCUAGCCCACCUUUUUCCCUUGCACGAGACCCCAGGACCCCAGGGACCUUUCAUGGUUUAUGUUCCCUUUACUACUAGUGACCUGUAUAACUGGAAGAAUCAGAACCCCUCCUUUUCAGCGGAACGUCUAGGAUUAAUCUCGCUCCUCGAGUCUGUCUUUUUUACUCAUCAGCCCACCUGGGAUGAUUGUCAGCAGUUGCUGCAGACCUUAUUUACCUCCGAGGAGCAAGAAAGAAUCUGGCAGGAGGCACGGAUGGCCAUACAUGGGUCUGAUGGCCAUUCCACGGAUGAUCCUGACUGCAUAUCCCUUGUCUUCCCAUCAGUCCGUCCUGAAUGGGACCCUAACACAGAUAGAGGUAAGGAGGCCCUCUCGUAUCACCAGACUCUGCUGCAGGGUAUCCGAGCAGCAGCCCGGAAGCCAACCAACCUCUCUAAUGUUAGUGUAACUCAACAGCCAAACGAAUCCCCCAGUGCGUUCCUUGAGCGCCUCCUGGAGGCUAUUCAGGUCUAUAUACCAAUUGACCCAGAGGCACCUGAAAAUAGGCGAGCUAUCAAUCUGGCCUUUGUAACUCAAUCAGCGCCAGACAUUAAGCGUAAGUUACAACAAUUAGAGGGCUUUGAAGGCAAGGUUCUCUCUGAGCUGGUUGAGAUAGCCCAAAAGGUUUACCAUAACUGUGACCCACCCAAAGAUAGACAGCUAAGGAGGUUAACAAAAGUCCUCCUCCUCUGUCCAGAACAACCCAAACAAGAACAACAGAGAAGGAAGCCCCAUGGUAUUGGCCCAAAUAGACACUCACCUCUGGACAAGGACCAAUGUGCCUACUGUAAGGAAAAAGAAGCUAUUCUCCAAAUACCUCAGCCACUUUCUAAGAGGCAAAUAUGGGAAUUUCUCGGAGCUGUGGGAUACUGUAGACUAUGAAUUUUAAACUUUGCCGAAAUAGCCCAACCCCUAUAUGAGGACAUAAAGGGCCCUGGGGAGGGAAUAAAUUGGACAGAGCAGCAACAAAAGGCCUUUGAAAGCCUUAAAUCCGCCCUCACCCAGGCCCCAGCAUUAGCCCUUCUGGACUUAAAUAAGCCAUUUUCCCUCUUCAUGGCAGAAUGGAGGAGAAUUGCCAAGGGAGUCCUCACCCAAGAUUUAGGACCCUGGAAACGACCAGUAGCCUACUUAUCUCAUAAGUUAGAUCCAGUAGCCUCUGGAUGGCCUAACUGCUUAAGGGCAACUGUGGCCACCGCCCUCCUUGUUAAAGAGGCAAACAAAUUAACCUUAGGGCAAGAGCUCGGAAUAACCUCUCCCCAUGGGGUUGAGACUCUAUUAAAUACUCCCCCUGGGAAAUGGAUCUCAGGCGCAUGCCUGACUCAUUACCAAGCCUUGCUGUUAGACCCAAUGCGCAUUAAAUUUCAUCCUGCAACCACUAUAAACCCUGCCACAUUGCUUCCUGACCCAGACCCAAAGAUACCCAUACAUGACUGUCUGGAGGUACUGUCUACCUUCCAAGGGACCUGGCCAGAUUUAAAAGACUCUCCUUGGGAAGGAGCAGAACUAACCUUGUUCACAGAUGGGAGUAGCUACGUGAUUGACGGGAUCCGGUGUGCAGGAGCAGCGGUGGUCUCUACAGAGGCCAUUACAUGGUCACAAGCACUGGGACCAGGAACAUCAGCACAAGAAGCAGAGCUCAUUGCCCUCACGAAGGCAUGACAGCUGAGCCAAGGGAAAACAGUGAACAUCUGUACAGACAGCAGGUAUGCCUUUGCCACGGCACACAUACACGGGGCCUUAUAUAUAGAGAGAGGGCUGUUAACAGCAGAAGGAAAACCCAUAAAGAACGUACCAGAGAUCCUGGCCUUAUUAGAGGCUAUCUGGCUCCCCACCAAAGUUGCCAUCAUCCAUUGUAAGGCACACCAACGGGGGAACUCUCCCACAAUACUAGGGAAUAACUUUGCGGAUCAAACCGCAAAAGCAGUCACCUUAAAACCAGUGGGGAUCACAACCAUAGCGCCUGCUUUACCGGAGCCCCAGCUGCCAGCCAAGCCAGCUUACUCAGAAACUGAUCUAGAGGGGGCUGAGAAACGUGGGUUAAUACCCGACCAGAACACUGGAUGGAUUAAAUCUAAAGAUGGGACACUUUGGUUACCAGAAAACUUGGGGGCCUGCCUAGUUUGGGACACUCAUAAGGCAACCCACUUGGGCAAAACUAAAUUAUUCACUUUGUUGAGAAAAAAUUUUAACUUCAAUAAUAUGCAAAGAGCAAUAGAAACUGUCUCUCAACAUUGUCUCUCACGUGCACAAGUAAAUGCCAAAAAGAUUGCUAAGAAUUGGCAAGGUAAUCGACAAAAAGGAGAAUAUGCUGGAGAACAUUGGGAAGUCGACUCCACUGAGGUCACGCCAGGAAGGUGUGGAUACAAAUAUUUGCUUGUUUGUGUGGAUACUUACUCGGGAUGGGUAGAAGCUUUCCCAACCAGAACAGAGACAGCUCAGACAGUUGUCAAAAAAUUCAUAUAUGAAAUCAUACCCCGAUUCGGCCUCCCCAUAACAAUCGGGUCAGAUAAUGGUCCAGCCUUCAUAGCCAAAGUUUCCCAACAAACGGCACAGAGCCUGGGAAUUACUUGGAAAUUACACUGUGCUUACAGGCCUCAGAGCUCGGGACAGGUAGAAAGGAUGAAUAGAACUUUAAAAGAAAUGUUGGCAAAACUCCACUUAGAGACUGGCGAAAACUGGGCAGACCUCCUUCCCUUCACUCUGUUAAGAAUUAGGAAUAUCCCUUACAAGGAAAAUUUUACGCCUUUUGAAAUAUUGUUUGGGCGACCACCAUCCCUAUUGCCCAAGCCCAUAGCAAAUGAAUCCAAUAUUCAGAGAUUACCCUCCCCCAUACUGGGUGAACUCCAAACACUCCAACAGGUUUUCUCAGAAAUCUGGAAUAAGCUUGAUGUUACUAAUGACCCUUUUCCCAAGCAGGAAUGGGAAGCCAAAGUGCCCAUUCUCCAGCCUGGGGACCUAGUUUACGCCAAGCGACUAACUGCAGGAGCACUCCAGCCCCGGUGGUCCAGACCGUUCCAGGUGAUCCUCAGCACCCCAACAGCAGAAAAGGUCACUGGAAAGGAUGCCUGGAUUCAUUGGACCCACAUAAAGCCUGCACUGCCCACCGAAGAUGCUACAGGAGACCGAUGGACCGUUCAAUGA